AUGAAGUUCCUCGAGGCCCACGCUGCCCUGGGUGCCGCCAUCCUCUUGUUCUUGUCCCCGUGCGAGGCGAAGCAUAGUCACAACCUGCAGCAUCUGGAGGCUUUUGGCAGGAGGCACAACCACCGCAGGGCAUACCCGUCGCCGCAGGCAGAGCAAGUUGAAGAUGCUCUGACCAAACGAGGGACCUGCAGCUUUCCGACAGAUGCGGGCUUGGUUCCCGUGACACCCGAUGCGCAGAACGCCGGCUGGGCCAUGAGCCCUGACCAACCAUGCUUGCCGGGCCACUAUUGCCCAUACGCCUGUCCAUCCGGCCAGGUCACGGCUCAGUGGAACCCCGAGGCCACUUCCUAUACCUAUCCGAUGUCGAUGGAUGGUGGGCUGUACUGUGAUUCAGACGGGCAAAUCAUCAAGCCCUUCCCCAACAAGCCGUAUUGCGUUGACGGAACCGGCUCCGUAGGAGCCAAGAACUCUUGUGGAGAUGUCGUUGCCUUUUGCCAGACCGUCCUGCCAGGAAAUGAAGCCAUGUUGAUCCCGACGUCUGUUCAGAGCUGGGCGCAACUGGCAGUCCCCGGUACCAGCUACUGGGCGUCCACUGCUGCUCACUACUACAUCAACCCCCCAGGAAUUGGAGUCGAAGAUGCUUGCAUCUGGAGCGAUGGAUCCAAGCCACUAGGCAACUGGGCUCCCUAUGUUGCUGGAGCCAACACUGACGAAAACGGCAAUACCUUUGCGAAGAUUGGUUGGAACCCAAUCUUCACCAACAGUGAUCUAAGCGGCACUUCGCCGAGCUUUGGCGUGAAAAUUGAAUGUUCUGGUGAGGGUUGCAAUGGUCUACCCUGCUCGAUUGAUCCUUCUGUGCACAGUGUAGGCCAGGUCACCAGUGCCGAUCAGGCCUCUGGUGCUGGCGGCGCCAACUUCUGCGUCGUUACAAUCCCCGAGGGCAUGACGGCCAACGUUGUGGUUUUCUCCGCCGGCGAUUCAAGCUCUGGCUCUGCUUCACCUUCGUCCUCUCAGGCCCCAAGCUCAUCCUCUUCCCCAUCUCCAUCUCCGUCUUCGUCUUCGUCUUCCACACCCACCCCAACGCCAACGCCUACGCCGACCCCAACCACAACUUCGUCAUCUACCUCCACGACGAGUUCGACUUCAUCUUCGACCCCGACUCCAUCGAGCACCUCCACCUCCACCUCGAGCUCUUCAAGCUCAAGCUCUAGCUCGAGCACGUCUAGCUCUUCUAGUAUUAUCCUAUCGACCUCGUCAGUCGUCAAUACUACAACAUCGCUCCUUCCCAAGCCAACCGAUGCGCCCCACAUCCUCUUCCAGAACGCCACUGCCACUGCCGCCGCCUCCAACAUUCCUGCCCUCAUGGCGAGCGGUUCCGCUGUAUCGAACCCAAUCGCCGCGAACACAUCAGUUCCCACUGGUUCCCAAGGCAGCCCCGUGAAGUCUGCUGCUGGAGGGACGUACAUCUCAAACAGUGUCGUCUUCUCAAGCAUUGUCUUGGCUGUCGUCGCUGCAUUGCUGUGA